AUGCCUCCGGAUACUGAUAGGUCAACGCAGGCGAAUAUCACAAGAAUCAAGUGUUACAGAAAUGAAGUUAUUGCACAUGUAACAAGAACUCAAGUUGACAAUUCAAAAUUUGAGUCUUUAGUGAAGAAAAUUGCGCAGGCAUUGGUAGAAUUGGGCGUUUUACAGAGUGAUGUCGCCGAUUUAAAAAAAUGUCCUCUUGGGCCUGAAGAAGAAGUGUAUGUGCAAAAGCUUAAAGAUUGGAAACUGCACGAAGAUGAGUGUAUUAAAAUGCUUGCAACAAUGACACAAAUCGUUGAAGAAACCCGCGAUGGAGUAAAUAUAUUAUGCCAGUCUUUGUUGAAGAAAAGUGAGAAUGAAACCCUUGAAACGUCUCUCAAGCGUACGUUAUCAAUACCCGAGGAUACCAAUGCUGAAAAAAAUUAUGCAAGAUGGCGUGGUGAAGAUGUAUUACGUAAACUUGCCAAACAUAAUUUCAAGAAUAAAAUUCGAAGAAAAGUGAAAUUUUUCCUACCAGGAACAAGAGAGUGGUUGUUAAGGGAAGUUGACGAAUGGUUUUGUAGCAGUGAUAGUGAGUCAAGAAUAAAGUUAAUAACAGCUGGACCAGGAUUUGGUAAAAGCGUGUUUGCCGCUAAAAUCUGUGAAGAUUUUGAGAAGAAUGGAAAGCUGGCUGCUUGUCAUUUUUGUGAUUUCAGUGAUUCAAAUUUAAGAGAUCCUAUGGCGAUGUUGGAGUCUCUCGCAAGUCAGAUGUGCAAGAGCGUCUCUGGUUUUAAAGAGGAGCUCCUUGAUCAGUUAGGACGACGUCAUCAAAUCAAAAACCUCAAAGAUGCCUUUCAAAUAUAUUUGCAAAAUCCCCUAGACGAAUUGGAAAUAAAAGAGGCACGUUUAGUCGUGAUCGAUGGCUUGGAUGAAAGUGCUGCUCAUAAUAAGAAUGAAAUUACCCAUCUGAUUGCUGAAUAUUUUCUUGAUCUUCCAGAGUACAUCAAAAUCCUGGUCACGAGCAGGCCAGAGAUUUCCGUUGCUGAUCUAAGACUAAGAGACGAUCAAAAGACAGACAUUUCCAAUGUUGAUGACAACAAUAACUCCGAUCUUAAACUUUAUUUUAAAGAAUAUUUUCCAAGUUUAGUCGGCAGAUGUAUUGCAGCGUUUCUGGUUCAAAUCACUCCAAAGCUCCUGGAUCAAAAACGAAGAUUUACGUGCCCGUAUUUCGUACCAUCUAAUUGA